GGUCACACAGGCUACAUAGCCAAUCAACAGAUAUCUCUUCUCAGCCCUCUCUAUCUCUCUCUUUCUCUCUCCUGCGUCCUCUGUUUCAUUUGGCAAUUGUUUUGGGGGGCCAACUGUUUAAACCUCGUAUGCUAAUCCUUAAUCCAUUCGAAUCUCAAUGUUUCUUGAUCUGGGUAUCCAAUAUUUCGUCCUCAGAUCAUAGUUUUUUCCAUUAAAAAUCCUUCUUUUCUUAGCUUUACUGUGCAAAUCCACUGGCAGAGAAAGAAAACGCAUCUGGGUCUUGCUCUCUUUAAGUUUAUAUGGGUGCUUUAACAGAUUAAAGUAAUGGGUUUCAUGUUGAAGAUGCAAAUAAACUUUUACUCACACCUGAAAUCUUCAUUUGUAUGAGUUGUUCUUUUGUGGGGUUUUAAGAUAAUGGGUAGAGGUAGAGGAAAGGGGAAGAAGUUAACUGUUACCAAUCAUGAUGAUCCUGGAAGUGGUGAGGAAGAGAAAAUUCCUGCACAGAAGAGAAGGGGAAGGCCACAGAAACCACUAAAGGAUGAAAUUGAUGAAGAAGUUGAAAAACUAGAAGAGGAAGACAGUGAGAAUGCAAAAUCUGGUACACCAAGCAAAGAGACAAAGAGCCCUCCUGCAACAGAGAAUGGAAAGAAGAGGAAAAGAAACUCACAGGUAAAAGAGAAGGCAGAUUCUGUCAAGGAGGAAAAUGGUAAUGGAACCCGAUCAAGCACUGAUGAUUCGACUAAAUCUAAUGGAUUUCGGCAUAACGGAAGCAGGCGAAAAAGCAAGCCUCGUCGAGCUGCCGAAGCAGGUGUUGAGUGCAAGUGAGACUGUGGCUUGUUAUAGAAACGGGUUCUCCCAUUUCACACUACUGGAUUGCGGGAUAGGAAGUGUGACCUAGUAAACCUCUAGUUUCAUAAUGCUUUUCUUUUUGUUUUUUGUUCACCAUUUUGGUAGUUCCUUAUUCUUCCUUUUUAAUUUAGAUUGUGAGAUUUGGAAUUGAUUCUGCUGGUUGUAAUUUUCCAUAAUGCUAUAGUAUUUUAUGAUUUCAUAUUAGUUUUUGUAUUAUAUAAAAAUGCAUGACAUGCUUAAGCUGUUUCUAUUU